AUGGUAUGGAUACUUUGUGGUGGUGGUGAUGGUGAUAUUUGUGAUGGUCGAGGUGGUUGGUGUUUUAGUGAUUGGCGCGAUGGUGGUGGUGGUUGUGAUGGAAGAGGUGUAGCAUCUGAAAAUGAAGAGAAUCAAGGCAAAUUUCUGAUUCCUUUUCACACUUAUAUCCAGAAUAACAUCCCGCGUGAAGCCCAAACAAUGGUCCUAGUUGAUCAUCCCAAUGUUCUUAAAUCACAUUGCUCCUUUGUUAGUGAUCACAAUCUAUGGGUUAUCAUGCCUUAUAUGGCUGGAGGUUCCUGUCUCCACAUUCUGAAGGCUGCUCAUCCAGAUGGCUUUGAAGUGACUGUUAUUGCAACAGUAUUACAGGAAGUUUUAAAGGGUUUGGAAUAUCUUCAUCAUCAUGGAUUCAUCCAUCGUGAUGUUAAAGCUGGGAAUAUUCUCAUUGAUGCACGAGGUGGAAUAAAGUUGGGAGAUUUUGGUGUCUCUGCUUAUUUAUUUGAUUCAGGUGAUAGACAACGUAUGCGGAACACAUUUGUCGGAACUCCUUGUUGGAUGGCGCCGGAGGUCAUGGAGCAAUUGCAUGGUUGUGAUUUUAAAGCUGAUAUUUGGUCCUUUGGCAUAACUGCUUUGGAGCUUGUUCACGGCCAUGCUCCUUUCUCAAAAUAUCCUCCAAUGAAGGUCUUGCUAAUGACAUUACAAAAUGCACCCCCUGUCCUUGAUUACGAGAGGGAUAAGAAGUUUUCGAAGUCUUUUAAGCAAAUGAUUGCUAGUUGCUUGGUGAAAGAUCCUUCAAAACGACCUUCAGCCAAAAAAUUGCUGAAGCACCCUUUCUUUAAGCAAGCAAGGUCCAACUAUUAUAUAGCUAGAACAUUGUUGGAGGGUUUGCCAGCACUUGGAGAUCGCAUGAAGGCCUUGAAGAGGAAAGAAGAAGACAUGCUAGCACAGAAGAAGAUACCAGAUGGGCAGAAAGAAGAAAUAUCACAGAAUGAAUAUAAACGGGGGAUUACCAGCUGGAAUUUUAACCUUGAAGAUUUGAAGGCACAGGCUACCUUGAUUCCAGAUGAGGAGAUUAUUGGUGACAAGGACCAAGGUGGGAGUUCGAAUGCGCUGUCUGCGUUUGAUAUUCCAGGGAAACAGCUACACAAGUUUCAGCAUCAGUUCUCCUUCUCAAGUCAAUAUUCAGAAUUAAUUUAAUUCAUCUAAGGCAGACUCAUCAUCUUCCGACAACAUCCAAGGCUGCUUAGGACCCCGGAGGAAUGUAAACAAGCACCAGGUGAGGUACAUUUGCAUGUCCAUACACAUGAUCAUGAUGGAGAAUCUUUUGUUGAUGAGCGUGCCCGAGCUGUCCAUGAAAGAUAUCAAGAAAUAUUACGGGAAAAAUCACAGUCUCAGUCUGAUAUUGAUCAAUGUGAAGCAUAUUACGAAGCUGCUGGAGGAACAAGGAAGAGAAGAAUAUAUGGUCUUGGAUCUCAAGCACAAAGUUAUUAUGGGCCGAAUCUUUGCGUC